UUCAUCCAGCACUUAGCUUAGCAGUUGCCACUUUGCCAGUUAGCACUUAGCAGUAAACACUACCAUACCUUCUGCAGUAUCCUUAUCUACUUCUGCAGUAUUCCUGAAUUGAAAUUUGAGUAUUCCACUUAGUUGCUGCUUCUUUCUUGAAAAUAAGGCCAUGUCCAAGAGAAAGGAUUAUAAAACAAAUAUUUUAAGAAAAAAUGAAAACAAAAGUCCCGAAAAAUAUAGAAAAAGGUCACAUCAUCAGCUUUUGUCUGAUGAAGGCCAAUCAUCUGAUGAAGAGAAGUUGACAAUCGAUUUCAAAAUGCCAACAGUGGUUCAGAAUGAAAAAACAUACGAAGAUUAUGGCAUUAUGAGUAACAGCAGUUCAGGUGAUGAGUCAGCACCCCAACCAGAUAACUAUGAAAUUCCUGCGGAUUCAGGGAAAGAUGAUAGCAUCUACAAGAAUUGUUCAUUUGAGUCUGAAAAUGAAUCUGCGGAUGAUUUUACAGGCGACCAACCAUCCUGUUCAAGUGAAACAUCAAUGCCAAAAAAGAAAUGCAGGAUAUUGGAUAUAAACUACGUAACAGAUCAACCCCUUUCAAGGGAGAAUAAGGGCCAUUUGCUCUUGGAAAAAAUGGGCUAUAAGCUUGGAGAUGGUUUGGGAAAGCAUGGACAAGGUAGAACAGAGCCAAUUGAAAUGUCAAACCAAAAGGGACGGCGAGGUUUGGGGCUUUCAAUUCAAGGUCUGGAACAGGCUAGAAUUGCCUGGGAUGAAAGCAUUGAGGUGGUUGAAGCAAAGGAAUCAUGCAGCUGGCUUUGUGGGAAUCACCUUGGUCCUUUAAAUGAAAAUAUAUUGUCAGACUGGAAAACAAUAGGACCCAAAGAUCUUUCUAUUGAGAAUAUGACUGAUUUUUGUGAUGAAGAAAUUCUUAAGAAAAUAUUAGAGGGGAAGACAAUUUUUGAUCACUUGUCAGAAGGUGAGCUGAUGAAAGCGAGGUCAAAGUGCAACCCUUUUGAGACUUUGAAAAAGGCGAUAUUUUUAAACAGAGCUGCUUUAAAAAUGGCGAACAUUGAUGCUGCCUUUGAUUUUAUGUUCACCUCUCCGACAUUUCCCAAUAAACAACCGAUGGUAGGGUCCAACGAGCUUCUUUAUUUUGCUGAUGUCUGUGCAGGCCCUGGUGGUUUUUCUGAGUACGUCCUAUGGAAAAAGAAUUGGCGGGCAAAGGGCAUUGGUUUUACCCUUAAGGGAGACAAUGACUUUGAUCUUUCUAAAUUUUAUGCAGGUUGCCCGCUAACAUUUGAGCCUUAUUAUGGUGUGAAAGGUGACGGAGAUAUAUACAAUCCUGGAAAUAUAACUAGCUUGACUGAAUUUGUCAUGGAUGUUACUGAUAAUAAAGGUGUCCAUUUUAUGAUGGCUGACGGAGGAUUCUCAGUGGAAGGCCAGGAAAAUAUCCAAGAGUUGCUGUCAAAACAGUUGUACCUUUGCCAAUGCCUUGUGGCUCUAAGCAUCGUCAGACCAUACGGCCACUUUGUUUGCAAAUUGUUUGAUUUGUUCUCACCGUUCAGUGCAGGGCUUGUCUAUUUGAUGUACAGAUCAUUUGAUAAGAUUUGCAUUUUUAAGCCUAACACCAGCCGACCUGCUAAUUCAGAAAGGUAUAUUGUAUGUAAACAUAAGAGGAAAGACUGUGGUCCUAUUAGGGAUUAUUUGUUCAAAUUGAACGAAGAACUGUUUGCAAUGGGUUCCAGAUCGGAAACUGAUAUAACACAUAUAGUUCCAAUGUUAGAAUUAACGUGUGAUAAACAAUUUUACAAUUACCUUACUGAAUCAAAUAAUAGUUUAGGUGAAAGGCAGGUAAUAAACCUGUUGAAAAUAAAAUCGUUCUGUCAAGAUCCCAACUUGAUAGAAAGAAGACAAAACAAAUUACGAACUGAAUGUCUAAAUCUCUGGAACAUACCGAACACCGUGAGAAGUACUAACAGAAUGACACCUGAAGAAAUAGCUUAUCAGAUUAUUGACAAUUACAGGGAACAUUUAAACUUUGAUUUUACAAAAUUAGUAGCGGAAAAUAUGGAAAAGUCCUUCAAAAACUUAUACGAUUGGCAGUGUUUUGCACUUGCAUCAGAAAAGGAGCAAACAUUUUAUAUAGGUGAUGGCAUUCUUGUUUAUGAAUGGAAUUUUAAAAGAAGAGAAUGGAAGCAAGUGACCAAAUGCGACAUCAGGUUAAAUCCUGGCACGUUGGUCUUUGGUGAAAUUAUCUAUGAAAUACAGGGAGAAUACAGAAAACAAAAACAGAUCAAGGCCCUCCACGUAAUUGAUGGAAUAAGUAUAGGCUUUGAAAAAAUUUCUUCUUUACCAUUCCAUAAAAGAUUAGCUGCAUUAAGAUUGUAUGAACAAGCAAUAAGAAAAAAGAAUGAACAGUGUAAUUUUAGAGUAAAAAUUCCUUUUCCGAUGGAAAAAGCUGAAGAUAUUUUUAAAAGAUUAACUGUAAGGAAUUCUCAUCUGUAUAAAAUACAGUUGCUUAUUGAGGAGAAGGAAUAUUGGUAUGAACCUCGGGCUGUUCUUUUUGUCAAUACAAUGAAAUGGCCGUGGAUCAGAAGUUUCAGCAAGACAUCUCAAUGUCACUACAAUUAUAAUAUUUGUACAACACAAUCUUUAUUUGAUUACGACUGCAGAGAGAAUGAAGUGUAUGGAAGUACGCUGGAUUGCCUCAAAAACACAUUGAUAUGGCAGUGGGAACAAGGAGUUGGUCUUAAGAAAGAAGGUCGUGUUGAGGGAGUUGUUCACAAAGAUGAUAUUAUUAAACAUAUAAACCAGCUUUUAAGACCAAAAAAAAAUUAAUUUACUAAAUAGUUAAGUGAAUUGUAUU